UCUUCCCUUCUCCCCCCCUCCCUUCCUGCAGACAGUCCCAGGGGCGGGGCUGGGCUUCCCAGCUGAUCACGAUCCUGGAGAAGAGCAGUUCCCAAAGAUGCUCCACUUUGGAUCUCUCAUUAGGUGAGGGUUAAUUUAUCGUGCAACCGGCCACUUUUAACAUGCUCUGCAGCCAUGCACUUCUGCACGGCACAGCUGUAGACUGCGUUCAGGGGGCUGAGUGCAUGAGUCACUUCUGUCAGUGCCCCCACAGUGCCAGGAGUUUGCCCAGCUACUGUCACUGCCAGCUUUUUCUCUGCUUGUGCCUGUGAGGUUUCUGUCCAGGCAGGACUCCUGAUUUAUUGACAUGGGACCCUGGCUUUGCUUUUCACCCCCACGACUUGGAGACUGAAUCUGGCUACAGGAAGCAUCACAAACCGAAGCCAUUUGAACGACUUGUGCAUAUUCAAAGGGGAAGACCCUCCAUGCCACUCAUCAUCCUUGUUGCAGACCAGACUGAGCAUAGGCUUCAAGGUUGCACCAUGGCAGCUGAGGAGGAGCCAUCUCACACCAUGAUGAAAUCUGAGCUGAGCUAUGAGGACGAGAGCAAGGUGCGUGAGGAGGCUGAGUUGCUGAUGAAGCCUGAGGCCAAUUGGGAGAAGUUCCUCCUGCCAGCCCCCAUCAUCGUUGCCUUGCUGGGACAGCUGGUGUGCAUCCCUGUGGAGAAAGGAGACUUCUCCAUCUGUGAGCAUGCCCCUAGUGGUGGGUACAGAUACUUCAAAGAGACUAAAUCCUUCAAGGUGUGCUUGCAGGAAGUGUGUGACAGAGUGUGGGAUGCCUUCCAGCUGGGCAGGAACAAAGCCACCCUGAUCCGCCGGCAGUUGAAGAAUGUCCCCAGAAAGAUGGAAGACCUCAUCCAGGGUUUCCUUCAAGAUGUAAACAUGAAAAGGGACCCGUUUAUUGUGCAGAUUGAGGACAUGCAGAGAAAAGCGAAGGAGUGCAAGACUCUGGCUGAAGAAGCGAAGGCCAAGUUCAUGGGGCAAGAAGAUGUGUUGCAGGAGCUGUUUCAGGCCUGCCUAAAUGCCAGACAGGGCAAGAAUAAGGUGUUGGAGACUGUACAGACAGAGCUGAAAGAGGUAAAGAGCCAGAUGGAGCCUGCCAGGGAUGAACAGGACCGUGCUGAGCAGAAGCAUGUGAAGUUGGAAGCCCAGGGAAAUGAGGCCCUGAAGACUUUUUUCAGUGACAUUGAGAAAAGACCCAGCUCUUUGGGCAUUGUCUGUGUGGAGAAAGACAAGACUCAUUUUAUGGAAAAACACAGCACUAAACUGGAGAGGAGCCAAGAGAUGCAAGAUAGGGCUUGGCAAGAGAUGGGAAGCAACUACGAGAGGAUGAAAGACCUGAACAAGAGGACUACAGAAAUCCAGUGCGCCAUGAAUCGGUGUGAGUUCAGGGAAAGGGAUUUGGAGAGGUGUGAUUCCAUCCUGGAAGAAGGACUGGAGGCCCUGAGGAACCUGCAUCAACAGUGGAAGAAGAUGGUGCAGUUCUUCCAGAUGAUCUCCAACCUGGUGGACUUCUGUCUCAACUGGCACAUCAGGGAGUGCCUGGACUCGGAUGAAAACCUCCAGCAGGUCACACGGGCAUUCAGUGCCAUCAGUGUGGCUCAGUUGGUACAGCUGAUCUCCCACACCUAUGUCACAAUAGUUCAAAAAUACCUGAUGGAGCUACUCAGACAAGUGGGGCGUCUCCUGGGUAAGGACCGUUCCAGUUUCCACGCUGAGAAAGCCCAGUUGGAUGGAGGCUGUGAGGGUGCCCAGGAGGCCCUCACCAGGCUGGUGGGGGAGCUGAAGGGCAACUUCCAGAGGGACCUCAGCACCAGGCUGGAGACCAUAGAGAAGGUGAAACUCAAACUGAACCCCUGAACUAGGGGGAGCUGGGACAAACGAGUUGGUGCCUCACUGGGUUACAAGCUAUCCUCCUGAAACAAGAAAAACUCCAUUAUCAAUGAUUUUCAUGCCUUUUUCUUUUGGAUGACCUCAACCAGCCAGUGCCUCAAAGGUCACUUUGGUAAAGCUCCAUUUAGCUCCAUAUCAGCUCUUCGAGAAGAUGAGAAGGGGGCCUGCAUGUUAGGACUAGAGAAGGACUGUACGUUUCAGUCUACAGCCCCUUCAGUUCUGAAUGUGGCCAGGUGUUAAAACUCCCAUCUACUCGCUUAUCAGAGGGUCCCUCAAAGGUAACUCCCAUCCUACUUCAACCCACCCAGUUAUUAAACCCAUUAAAGCAGUGCCUUCAAUUGGGCCACUGCAAAGCAGCUUCUGCCACCUGGGCUUAAUGUAGAAGAAUAUCAUCAACCAGAAGGAAUUGGACCUGUUGUGGGGCUAGGGAGAGGGACUGGCAAUCAGCAAAUGGAGUUGUUUCUCAUGGGUGUUCCCCAACAGGAUGGUGGAAGCCAGAUGGGACAGGGGUGGAGAAUGAAGAACCCUUGAACCAGAGUGCCCCAUGGGAAAAGCAGAAUUAUGAACCCCUGCAAGGGUGCGCUUAGGCUGAAUGGAGCCAGCUGAGCAGUGACUGGGUCAGGUCCAUCUUUGCACCAUUACCCUGCCCCCUUAGCCUCCAAGCAUAGUAUAUCUCACCCAGUGUUAUCCCACUCACCCCUGCACCAUGCUGCUAGGGAACCCUGGGAAUGCUGCUUGGAAGAACAAAGAGGAAUGCCAGCUGCCAAAAGGCAGCCUCUUUCCCCUUAGCAUUCGCUAAGAGCAACUGGCUGGCCCAAGCCAGAGGCAGAAUCACGGGCAUGAGUUUGCUGCUUGGUGUCUCGAUAGUCCUCAGCAUUUCACUGCAUUCAGUAUGUUCACUGCUUCAAGGGUCCUGACACAUUUUCAAAUUAAAGCUGGAUAGAAAACAGCUAUAAACCUGUGCACAUUUUGAAGCACUAGCUUUGCCGCCAAUCGGCUCGUUUUAUAUCUGGAUAGACAUUUUAAAACUCCUAAUGAACAGUCCCCAGCUCUGGUAAUCCAGAUCCACGGUGGGACUCUGGAGAACGUGUCUUGGAAGCCAUCUCUUGAAGAAGACUGGCCUUGAUGAAGAAAUCCAGCAUCACCUCAAAUGUGCACGUGCAGCCUUUGAACACCUGAAGAAAUGGGUGUUUGAAGAUUGCAACAUCAGAUCUGAAACUAAGCUCAUGGUUUGUCAAGCAGUUGUGAUCCCCUCCUUGCUGCACCAAACUGAGACACGGAGAAUGUACAGGAGACAUCUAAAGUUGUUGGAGAAGUACCAUUAAUGCUGCUGGCGCAAAAUCUUUUGAAAUGGGUGGAAAGACAGAUGCCCCAACAUUAGCGUUUUCCUGCAAGCAAACUUCAUGAGUAUUGAGGCAUUGAUCAUCUGGCAUCAACUUCGUUGAGCUGGUCAUGUUAUCUGGAUGUCCCACUCCAGACUCCUGAAUCAAGUUUUAUUCUCGCAGCUCAGCCAAGGUGCAUGCUGAAGUGGAGGGCAGAGAAAGGGCUUCAGGGAUGUCCUCAAGGCCAACUUAAAAGUUGCAAAAUUGUUGUCAGUUCUUGGGAAACUAAUGCCCAGGACCACCCCAAAUGGAGGAAGAGUCUGCUGCAGGGAUCUCAGUACCUUGAAACCUCACAACAACAGGAGAUGGAAAAGUGGGAGCAGAAGAAACAGUGCGUCACAGACCAAAUCAAGA